UAUGGUUUUAUAAGAUAUAGGGGUUGUUAUGUUGAUAUAUUUCCAUUUUGAUUUUAUAAUUUGUUUCUUUAAAAAAAUAUGAAUAGUAGAAUUGUUUUCUUAUCACGUAGCUUUUUAAGAAGCACGUUAAGAGUGAAUUAUGUGUUCAGAAAUGAGUAUAAAUCCAAAGGACCAAAUUAUUUCGCCCCUUUAUAUAUACAACAUCAUUGGUUUUCUACUAAUAAAGGUCAAACAGUUUCUUUUGAAGAAGUCAAACAAAACAGUGUUAAUAAAGGCGUCCUUAUAAUUGAUGUCCGAGAACCAACAGAAUUAAUUGAACAUGGUGUAAUACCAGGAAGUAUUAAUAUACCUUUGGGAGAAGUCGAACAAGUUUUAAGAGAUACAUCUGAUAAAGACUUUCACAAAAAAUAUGGAGUACCAAAACCUACAACAUCUAGCCCUAUAAUUUUCUCUUGUAUGAAAGGAGCAAGAAGUGAAAAAGCACAAAAUUUAGCUUUACAAUUGGGAUAUAAAGAAUCAAAAAACUAUUUAGGUGGUUGGAAUGAUUGGGCAGAGAAAUCAGUCAAAUAGCUUCUAGUCUUGUAUUACAUAUGAACAGCUAAUAUUGCAUUACAUUAAUAUGAAUUAUGCACUUUAAAAAGGUUACUUUGCUAACAGUAGAUUUUCGAAAUCCUUUUAAAUUUCAUUUAGUAAAUAUACAUUUAUAAUAUAGACAACCAAAUAAACGUUAAACUGAU